AAGAGGGUCAGCAAGAGGGAAAUAAUAUUGUCUCAGUUUUCUGGCAAAAAGGAACAGAAUCCUUGCCUGUCUGGAAAGAUACAAAACAUCUUUCAUUUAAUGGGAGUGAAGUUGAGCUAAUGGAAAAUGCAACUAUUUAAUAAUUGGAUUAAAAUAUCCAUGGCAAAAAGAGAGAGGGAUAAUCAAACGACAGUCACAGAAUUUGUCCUCCUAGGAUUCAAGACGCUUCCUGAUUUUCAGAUUAUCCUCUUUGUUGUCUUUUUAGUAGUUUACAUUGUGACAAUGACUGGAAACAUCCUUAUAGUUGCAGUAAUUAUGUCUAAUCAUCACCUUCACAAGCCCAUGUACUACUUUCUGGAGAACUUGUCUGUUUUGGAGACCUGUUACACUUCAACAAUCCUGCCUAGGAUGUUGGCCAGUUUCAUAAGUGACUACCACAGAAUUUCUUUUACUGGUUGUUUUCUCCAAUUCUAUUUCUUUGCCUUUUUGGCUGGAGCUGAGAGUUAUCUCUUAUCUGCAAUGUCUUAUGACAGAUAUGUAGCCAUAUGUAAACCACUGCAUUAUGUAACUAUCAUGAACGGCAAGUUGUGUGCUCAAUUGUCUGUUGCUUCUUGGAUCACAGGCAUUGUGGCUAGUGCAUUUACCACAUUUUUUGCCUCACAGUUGGUUUUCUGUGGCCCUAAUGAAAUUGACCAUUUCUUCUGUGAUUACACACCAUUGUUAAUGCUCUCCUGCAGUGAAACCCAGCAGACAGAAAUGGUGAUGACAGUCUUGGGCUCUGCAUGCACAUUGCCACCACUGUUGCUGACCCUGGUCUCCUAUGUUUGUAUCAUCACCACCAUUCUGAGAGUCCCUUCAAACACUGGCCGGAGCAAAGCAUUUUCCACCUGCUCCUCUCAUCUUAUGGUGGUCACAAUUUUCUAUGGAACGCUAAUCAUUGUGUACUUAUUACCCAAGACCGACACCUUGAGGGAUCUGAACAAAGUCUUCUCUGUUUUCUACACGAUCUUGACUCCCAUGAUCAAUCCCUUUAUCUACAGCCUGAGAAACAGAGAGUUUAAGGAGGCCCUCAGAAAAUCCAUCAGCAAAUUUCUGCCUUUGAGAGGAACCCUGGAAAUCCAACCUCAGUAGAACAAAAUUUCUCAGUAGUGAUCUUGGCUGAAAGUUACAGAUCACCAUCCUCUAAAAAAAAUACCUUGGAAUAAAUUAUUUACAAACUGUA